CCUUGCGGGCGUUUGCUGUUCCUGUUUGGCGACCCGUCGCCACACGAGCGAUCCCGUUAAUGCGACCAGAAUUUGGACCCAAACCCUAAAUUUACCCGUUUUCCAGUAUUGGAGAGCGGUUAACGCCUUGUGGGGCGCUACAGUUCCCACUGCGGGGGAGCAAACGGACCGUUUUCGGGGUUUAAGGCCCCGCUCUUUGAGCUCAAGGCUCUUCUAACCUACCCCCACUCUCCUUUUCUGAGACAUCUAGCUUGUGUCUCUGUUUUUCUUUCUCGGUUUUGUAGUCAACAUGUCGCCGUGAUGGAGAACCCGCGUUGGACAGAAAUGAACCAGGGCCUUGGUCGCCUGACCCGCACUAGCUCCGACCCGCUAUUUUCUUAUUUUGGUCCGUUUAAUGCUAAAGAGCUCGGGGGCUCUCUCACCGGAGCUCGGCCUCAACACUUCACCCAGCCAGAGCUGCUCAAAUAUGGAGAAAAACCCGAACGCACCCCGGUCCAGUUCAACAGGCCCGACAUCUACAGACUCUAAAGCUAAAACAGAUAACAAGAAUAAUGGGGGCUCCAAGCGCUACAACCGCAAGCGAGAGCCCUCCUACCCGAAGGCGGAGAGUUUUCCUGGCCCCCGCCGCACCCACCCACAGAAAGGCAAGAGUUUCGACAAGAGACCCCCCCAGAGAGGCGGCGGAGGUGGCCGACAGGGUGGGCUCAUGGGCGGUGGGAGAAGAGAGGAGGUAGCAGAGACACGCCGGGCCGAGUUUAGCCCGGCUCAGUUUUCUGGACCCAAAAAGAUCAGUUUGAACCACCUGCUCAAUUUUACCUUUGAGCCACGUGGGGGCCAUAUUGCCUCUGCAGGCGAUGGCCGCUCGUGCUGGGGCCGCCGCAACAAGUGGGGCCAUAAGCAUAAGCCCUUCAACAAGGAGCUGUUCCUGCAGGCCAACUGCCAGUUUGUGGUGAUUGAUGACCAGGACUACCAAGCUCACUUCGCUGACCCGGACACUCUGGUCAGUUGGGAUUAUGUGCAGCAAGUGCGUAUCUACAGCCACGAGGUGCCGUCUUGCCCAAUCUGCCUGUAUCCUCCUGUGGCGGCGCAAAUCACCCGCUGUGGCCACAUUUACUGCUGGCCUUGCAUGCUGCACUACCUGUCUCUCAGUGAUGAGAGCUGGUCCAAGUGCCCCAUCUGCUAUGAGGAUGUGCACAGCGUAGACCUCAAGAGUGUUGUUGCUAUGGAGACGCGUCAGUACGUGCCUGGUGACCUCAUCACUAUGCAGCUGAUGUGUCGGGAGAAAGGUGUACUGGUGGCGCUGCCCAGAUCCCAGUGGGUCAAAGUGGAGGAACCCAUUCGCUUUGGAGAUGUGCGUCUGAGUUCAUACUCGAAGCUGCUGUUGGCAUCUCGGGAGCAGGUUCUGAGUUUGCUGGCUGAAGAAAGAGCAGCCCUGCGGACCCAGCUAAGGCAGGAGCAGGGGGACCCACAGGCCUGCUUCAUACAGAGCGCCCUGCUGCAGCUGCAGGAGCGAAAAAAUGCACUGCUGAAGCGGAGCAGGCGGGGUGGAGGCAGUGUGAAAGGCGCAGACAUGAGGAAACUUUCUCUGACUGACUCUGCCUCUACUAAGGUGGCAGUCAACAACCUUGCCAGCUCCAAGCCCAUUCUGCAGUAUGCAUCAGCAUUUGACGACGAGGUUCACAAGGCCCCUGAAAUGCUGCCUGGCGAACUGCCUGAGCAGGAGGUGGCAGAGGUGAUGCUGCAGGUGCCUGGAGGGCCUGAAGAGGAAACCCCUCCUCCCACUCAGAGUGAGGCUGGGCUGCCUCAGAACUCCCAGGCUGGGCCGUACUACUACUUCUACCAAGCGGAAGAUGGACAACAGAUGUUCCUUCAACCGGUAAAUGUGCGUUGUUUGCUGAGGGAAUAUGGCAGCUUGGAGAACAGUCCUCAGUCCAUCACUGCUACUAUAGUGGAGAUUGAGGGGCACACGGUCACCGAGGAAAUGCGUCGUCGGCACCGUUACCUGUCUCAUCUGCCUCUCACCUGCGAGUAUAGCAUCUGUGAGCUUAACCUGCAGCCACCCAUCCUCUCCAAAGAGACGCUGGACAGCUUCACAGAUGAGCUGGAGAAGAGGAAGUGUCUGAGGCAGAAGAAAGCAAGGGAUGAGAAGAGGAGAGAGAGGAAGAUUGAGAUGGAGGAGAACCAGAAGCAAGGAAAAUUGUUCAUAACGUUUGACCUAACGUUAGACCCAGAGGUGCACAUUGGGCUGGAGAAUCUGCAGCAGUUCCCAGCAUUUGGCCCUCCUCCCAAGUACAGCCCAUCAGCUCAGCCACCGGAGUUCCUGCCGGGACCCCUGUCUCCUCUCAGCAGCAGCCCUGCUUCAGAUGGAGUGAUGUUCCCCAGUCUGAAUGGACAGAGCCCUGGCCUCAACGUGGGCAGUGUGGAGGAGGAUUCUCACUGCAUGUCCUUUGCCCAGAUGCUGAGAGAUGGAAAGGCUCGUGUGGAUGUUGGGCCCAAACCUGCCCCGAAGAAAGAUAUGUUCCUUGCUCCUCCGGUGGCUGACAGUGAUGGGGAAAGCGAUGGCUCUGACCGGGUGCCAGUGCCCAACUUCCAGAACUCCUUCAGUCAGGCGUUCGAGGCGGCACUGCUGCAGCUGGACCACGGGCCUCCUGCCCCAGCCAAAGCAGUAACCACUUCUGAGGAGAAAGGAGGAAAGAAAAAGAAGAAAAAGCAGAAGCUUCUGUUCAGCUACUCUAUGGUUCACACAAAGUAAAACAGGAUCACGCCUCACUGCCGUCCCCUUUUCCCCCUGGUUUCCUUUUAUCGCUCCUCAAUCAUUCUUUGACUAUUUCCCCCCUCCUCCUCUUUGUCCUUUGUCUACUGUUAGUUUAGCCAUGAGUAGGCCCUGAAUGGAGGUUCAGUGACUAGCCAAAAGUUUUGAGUGAGUGAACUGCAGUGUGGAGCGUUAUAGACCCAGUAUUACUAAUAUAGUUUAGUUGCAACUGUGGGGAAGUUUGAACAAUCACUCGAUUUAUUUUUAAGUAUCUUAAUGCACCGCACUGCUACCCACACAUUUAACGUCGACUUGUCGCUUCUUUAGUUGCAGCCAUUAAUUUAUUAGCACUGCCCCAAGGUGGUCAAGUAGAUUCAGAAACGGAGAUAGUACGGCUGUUACAGUGCAGCUGCAGAAGACUAGUCUGCCGUGUCUUGUAUUGGUGUUGUGGGUCGUGGGGUGCAGUGAUGUAGUUUGAGGCGUCCGCAAGAAAGCAGUCAGCCAGCUGCAUACAUAAUGAUGCCCUCCUUACAGUAUCAUUGUAAACCUCUUCCAAACAUCUGUGCCCACACUUUGAAACAACUUAAGAUAAACCCAGUAAGACAUGAACGUAAUCAUAGCCGCCUUUAAUUUGCAUUGUUAGUGUGGCGCCAAGACUGUAGGCUGCUUUUCUCGUUUCCCCGCUCCCGUGUCCUCUUCCCUUCUCCCUCCCCGCAGGAUAUGAUCCACUGGUCUUAUACGGCACAUUAUAUACUCUUCAUACUCAUCGGCUCUAAUCAGCGCUAAAACACUGUUUGCAGUUUUUAUAUCGCAGGAAACGUGCAUAUGAUCUGGCAUUUUGACAUGCGUUUCAUUUUCGGUCAUUACAAAAAUUCGCCCAAUUCUCAAAGCCAGGUUUGUUGUGACUGAUGGAAAGCCUGAGUACUCAGUCCAGCCUGGCUUGGUUUAGACCCAGUACCCUACCACAGUGUUGCUAAAGGCAGGAGUAUGAAGCUUCAGGAGGUGCAACCUUCAUUUUCUAUGUACGGAGUGCAGAGGUGGCAUGUAACGAGGUUAAAGAUGUUUAUAUGAAUUGUUUUUUUUUGUUUAGAGGGUUUUUUCUUCUUUUUCUUUUUUCUUUUUGGAUCUGCUUAGAGGGAACCUGUGUUAAAUCAUGCACAUUGACUUGGAAUGAAAUAAAGGAUUAUUAUGCACAAUC